AUGCAAAAGUUGUAUUCAAAGAAUUUGAGUGGAGAGGAUCUUGAUGGACUUAUAAAAAAUGAAGAAAUAAAAUAUGAACAUUUAAAAAAAGAAAAUGAAAAUAUUAAAGAAAAGAAUUUAAAAAUACAAGAAAAAUUAUUAAGUUAUGUUGAAUGUGAUAACUUUACAUGUGAUAGUAAUAAUAAUUAUAACUUAGACAAAUAUAAUAUAAUAUUGGAAUCCGUUAUAAAUUAUAUAAAUAAAUUAAAAAUAGUUGAUACACAUAUGAAAAAGGAUAUUUAUUAUUUAUUAGAAGAAUUCUUUUAUUGUAUAAAGGAAGUUAUUCUUAAGCAAAACAAUUUAUGGCAUGUGGUUCUUUUAGUUUUAAAAAUUUGUUACUUUUUCCCUUCUUUACUUUUUUGUAUGGUGAGAAGCCAACUGAUGAAAAAGGACAUGUCUUAUUUUAAUAUUCCAGAAAAAAAUGAAUUUUUUCGAAAAAACUUAUUAACAUUAAGAAAAAUAAAUGAACAUAAUAGUAUAUUGAGGGCUCGUAUUUUUCUUUUCAAUAAAUUUAAGGAAAAAAAUGAGAAUUUAAUCCAUGCCAAUUUUGAGCAAUUAGAGUUAAAAUAUAAAAACUUAAAAGGGAAAGAAAGUAUUUUGGAAAGUAAAAUUGAAAACCUUAACAACAAAAUAAAGAAAUCGACAGAGAAAAAGCUGCACUACGACGAAAAAAAAAACUAUUUAAAAAAUUUAUUAGAAGAUAAAAUAGUAAUGCUCGAAGAAUCAUACAACGAAAUAAAAAAAAAAAAGCAACUUAUAAAUAAUUUAAAAGUAAAAAAAGAAGAGUCAGUUAAAAAGUAUAAUUUAGCUGAAACUGAGAACGUAACCAAAGGUGUCUUUGACGAGUAUCAUGAUAAAAGGGAGCAUUUAAAAAAGUUGAACAAAAUGCUAGAAGAAGUGAAACAGAAAUAUGAGUGCUUAAACAAAAGUUAA